AUGGGGAGUUUGGAGGUUCUAACUCUGGAACUCAGCGCGCUUUUUGGAAAAAAACUUUGGCACUUGGAAGUCCCAAAUAAGGUUAAAAUCCUGCUUUGGAGGGCAAGUUUAAAUAUUUUGCCUACAGCAUUAAACCUGGUUCAGAGGAAGGUAUUAGUUUCUGCUUAUUGUUCUGGUUGUAGGACGGCGACGGAGGAUGUUAUCCAUGCUUUUUGGGGCUGUAAACGCAGCAUACGGUUUUGGGCACUAACUUCCUUCAACAUUGAUUCGGCGGUCCGACAAGGCUCUUUUGCUGAUUUUUUGGAGGUUAUGUUCCUUACUAUGUCAGAUGGUGACUUAGAACGUUUUGUGUGUUGUUGCUGGAGAGUUUGGAAGCUUCGUAAUGAGGUGUUCUAUGGAAAGACCAUUGAUGGGCUCCCUAAGAUGAUAGAGUGGACCAUGGAGUUUUUGGAGCAGUUUAAAAUACAUAAUACCCGCACCGAGCCAGCAAGGGUGCCGCGAUUUAUUAGAUGGAUUAAACCUCCCUCUUCUUCUUUAUUAUUGAAUUGUGAUGGGGUGACUAGACAAGCUGGUUGUAAUAGAGGGGUGGGUGGUGUCUUAAGAGACUCCGCAGGUAACUUUAUUUGGGGGUUUGCCGAUCAAGGCCCAGCAGGUUUGGACGUUUUGGCUACUGAAUGUGCUGCUUUACACAUGGGAUUAUUGAAGGCUGCUGAGUUGGGAGUCUCUGAUUUUUUGGUAGCAUCAGAUACGCAGGAAGUUGUGGUUUUGCUGAAAGGAAGUGGAGAGCUCUGGAGUAAUUUGGGUAAUAUUAUGGAUGACAUUAGAAGGUUGCUAGCAGAACUGUGUGUUAAUGAUGUUAUUUUUCAGCCGCGUUCGGGUAAUCGGGUAGCUCACUCUUUGGCACAGUUUGGGCUACGAGAACAGCAUCAUUCGUUCUGGGCUGGUCUUGCUCUUGACUGGCUUGUUUCACUGUUGGUAAUAGACAUGGAGGGUGGGUAG